AUCAAAUUGUGGUACGUACGUGUUUUGCAAAUUCUCUGACCUCAUCAAAGAAAAAUACAAAAUACACUUGGAAUUUUUUAUAAUUUUUAUCUACAGAAUUCAAGAAUUUUGGAGUGUUUUUAUUUUGAACCGUACAUAUUAUUCAAAUUCUUUUCCAUUUUGAAAUGAAAAGUCAUUAGCUAAACAAAUUCUAUCAGUUCAAUUAGGAGUGUAAUUGCUGGCAGCAAAGAUUCUUAUCCUCUUUUCACUAACAUUGGAGAAUAAAGCAAAAUAUGACCGAGAUUCUAUAAUUUAUAAAUGAUGUCAUCAUGUUUUUUCAUUUUCAAUUAAAAUUUGAAAUAUUUUAACCACCACCGUUGCACUACAAAAGUACUAAAACUACAAAUACAAUUUCCAAGGUUGUAUCGAGUUUUAUUUACGUCGGCAUAUUUCCAAGAUGGCCGAUUCUGUUCAAAUAGGAGACAACGCGGAAGCAGUAUCGGUUGAAAUAAUGCGUAAAAAAACGGAAAGCGAAAGUAGCAAGCCGAACGCUCAAGAUGAGGAUAGCGAAAGUGCAGAAGAACAACCCUUGGAUAUAGGUAUCCAUUAUUUGGUUCGCCGAUCCGACAAUAAUUGGUACCCUGCUGAAAUCAUCCAAUCCAGGUACAACGAGAUUGAAAGACAAUAUGAAUACUACGUACAUUAUGAAGGUUAUAAUCGCCGUUUGGACGAGUGGGUUCCUAGAGGCAGAAUAAUGUCCUCACGAUUUAAUUUGACCGAUGGCCAAAAAAUGCCUGAUAUCAAAGUGUGGAAAGAGCGACCUGUUGUCACGGACUUACUGUCAGAUAGUUCAGACAGAAAAAUCACCCGUAAUCAGAAACGUAGGCAUGAUGAAAUCAAUCAUAUUCAGAAAACUUAUGCUGAAAUGGACCCGACGACUGCAGCUUUGGAAAAAGAGCAUGAACAAAUUACUAAAGUGAAGUACAUAGAUCGCAUUCAAAUAGGAAAGUUUGAAAUUGAUACGUGGUACUUUAGCCCAUAUCCGGAAGAAUAUGGCAGGCAAAGCAAACUGUGGAUCUGCGAGUAUUGCUUGAAGUAUAUGAGGCUUGAAAAAAGUUACCGUUAUCACAUGAGCGAAUGCACAUGGCGACAACCUGUUGGAAAAGAAAUUUACCGGAAAGGCACUCUAUCAGUAUAUGAAGUUGACGGCAAAGAUCACAAAAUAUACUGCCAGAAUUUGUGUCUCUUGGCCAAAUUAUUUCUAGAUCAUAAAACUCUCUAUUUUGAUGUAGAACCAUUCUUGUUUUAUAUUUUGUGUGAAGUCGACAAGCAAGGUGCCCACAUUGUUGGUUAUUUUUCAAAGGAAAAGGAGUCACCAGACGGAAAUAAUGUGGCUUGCAUCCUUACCCUACCACCUUACCAGAGACAAGGUUAUGGCAAGUUAUUGAUUGCAUUUAGUUAUGAACUAUCCAGGCUGGAAGGGACGGUGGGUAGCCCAGAACAGCCAUUGAGCGACUUAGGCAAGCUGAGCUAUCGUAGCUACUGGAGCUGGGUGCUUCUUGAAAUAUUAAGAGAUUUCCGAGGCACUCUGUCCAUAAAAGAUUUAAGUCAAAUGACCAGUAUUACCCAGACUGACAUAAUCUCCACCCUCCAAAGCAUGAAUAUGGUUAAGUAUUGGAAAGGGCAACAUGUUAUUUGUGUAACACCUAAACUUGUUGAUGAGCACAUUCGUUCCAGUCAGUAUAAGAGACCGAGGCUGUGCGUUGACAGCAGCGCCCUUCGGUGGACGCCUCGGAAACACAUCAAUAACAAAGCGGGCAAGAAGUGAAUUAAAUUGUAGAUUUCUGUGAACCAAAAUGUGAUAUAAAGUCUUGAAAGAUUAGCAUAGUCCUGUGGAUAUUUAAGCAUGUGUUAAUAUUGUUGAAACUUGUAAGGAAUAAGAAUAAUAUU